AGGUAUCGCCCAACACCAGACAGAUGAGCAAAAGAAUUGCACAAGACGAGAGCCAAGCUGAUACCAAGAAGCUUGACACCUCGUUUAACAAGGAACAAAUUCAUUCCUUUUUCGACCCACAGGUAUGGCAGACAUCAUUUCAAGACCUACUCAAACAAGAGGUCGCUCGCAGCGAGCCGUACCGAUGGGGAACCAUUAAAUCCCUAAUGGACGACACCCUCUUGAGAAACGUCCGCAAAGAGGUGCUCAAUGAAAUCGCCUUCACGAAGAAGGAAACCGAUAUCUACAAGGUGUACCAGUCCGGAGACUUGGCCAAUUUAUCAGGAUUAGACUGGGAUGACCUUUCUCGGUUACCAUCAUUAUAUCAGCUAAGAGCAGCCAUCUACUCUCAGGAGUUCCGUGACGUCAUCUCCACUAUCACGGGAUCUGGAAAACUCAGUGGGAUCAAGACCGAUAUGUCGGUGAACACUUAUAGAAACGGGUGCCACUUAUUGACCCAUGAUGACGUGAUAGGGUCAAGAAGAGUGAGUUUUAUUCUAUACUUACCCGACCCCGACAAACAAUGGAAGGAGAAGUACGGCGGGGCCUUGCGGUUGUUCCCAGCCAUUGUCCCCAACGUUCCGUCCACGGACUACUCCGCCAAAUUGGUUCCUCAAUUCAAUCAAAUAGCUUUUUUCACGGUACAACCUGGACUUUCUUUCCACGACGUGGAAGAAGUGAGGGUGGAUAGACACAGAUUAUCUAUCCAAGGGUGGUUUCAUAUUCCCCAGCCGGGUGAAGAUGGGUACAUUCCUGGUGAGCAAGAAGAAACCGAGUCCAAGAGUACUUUGCAGCAAUUACAAACAAAGGAAUUACAAGAGUUCGAUUUCCCCAAACCACACCGAGUGGACUUUCCUUGCGAAGAACUAAAGCUCUAUGAAGACUUCACGGAGUUUGGCUUCACCUCGUCGGAACUCGAGUAUUUGGGUCAGUUUGUCAAUCCUAUCUACCUCCAGAAGUCCACCAUUACUCUGCUCAACAAGUCGUUUAUAAAUGAGUCGCUUGUGGAGCUCCCCAACUUUUUGAAGCUGGAUCUUGCCGAGGAGAUGAAGAAGAUCAUAAGAACGACGGAGAUCGAGUUGCCUGCCCCACAAACCUCCAAACAAAUACAGUUCCCGUGGAAGUGCGCGGUGCCUCCUCACAAGCAGAGAUUUAUGUACAUCGACGGUAAGGACGACUUUGAUUUAUCCGAACUGUCCAUACGCUUCUCCAACAAAAUAGGACCCCAAGAGGUGCCCAAUUUCGGCCUUCUCCAGAAAACCCCGCUUCUGGAGCCUGAUCACAAAAUUGUUCAAUUGUGCCAGUUUCUCAAGUCAAUCGUGUUCCGCAAAUGGGUUAAGAUCUUAACUUCUUUGAUUUUGACCAGUGACCAGGUGUUGGCCCGGCGGUUCAGGCCCGGCCAGGACUUCAUUCUUGCCACCACUACCGACAAAGAGCUUGCCAGGGCCCAUCUUGGCGAAUCAAAUGUUUUACUAGAAGCGACCUUGGGCCUCACUCCAACGGCUGCAAAUCCCGAAAACUGGGACCUGGGAGAGUUUGGUGGCUACGAGUUGUGUAUGGCGUUGGAGAAUGAUGGGUCCGACUUCGAGGACGAUGACCCCGCUAUCUACAAGCCCAGCGACCCUAAUGAUGAUAGUGUGUUAUACUCUAAGCAGUGCACCUGGAACCAUUUAUGCUUGAUGGUAAGAGACCCUUCGGUAUUGAAGUUCAUCAAGUACGUCAGUGUGAAUGCACACGGGUCGCGGUGGGACAUCUCGUGCCAGUGGAACGUCAAACAAGAGGAAGAGGACGAACAAGAGGAUGAUAAUGAAAAUAACGAAUAGGACAUCGGACAAGAGUGAGCAUUUGUCCUGAGUCGGAUAAUUAGGGUGAACUAGUGUAACUGGUGUCAUAGCACCUAAUUAAGUAUUAUCUAGUGUCUUAUCACCAUAUUGGGGUAGUGUAGGAGCGUCGGAAAUUCGGCACUGUUAGAGAUAUAUAUUACCCACAAUACACGAACCCAACAUUUA